AUGAUCAUUUAUAUUGGUGAUGACUUGGACUUGGAAACAAGAUAUGCAUUGCCAUCCAAUAUCAAAUUCUACAAGUUCAAUGACUUUGUCCAACUUCACAAAUCCAAAGAGAUACUACAGCAUUAUCAAUUCAAGGAUGAUGAUAUCACUGCAUUGUACUUGACAAGUGGUAGUACAGGACUACCAAAGGGUAUCAUUGUGAAUGAGAGAUCAUUCUAUAUUGGUAUAAAGUACUACUUUGAUCAUGAGCAUAGGAUUGGUACUAGUUAUAGUUAUUCAACACUUGCACAUCUUCAAAGGAAGCUUGACCAAAAAGCACUAUUGAAUGGUGCCAAGAUUGGUAUCUUCUCCAGCCAUGAGAACAUGUUUGAUGAUCUCAAGGCUCUCAAUCCAACAGACUUCUGGGGCGUACCAAGAGUCUGGCAAAUGUUCUACUCAGCUCAUUUGAGCAAUGUUAGAUCGAUCAAAGAGUUGCAUGGUGAUUGGAGCGAGGUGAGAUGUGAUGAUGAGGCAACGCCAAUCACAAGAAGGUUACUGGGUCACAACAUCAGGGUGUUGAGAACUGGUGCCGCUCCAAUACCUAGUAUCGUGUUUGAUUUCAUGAACCAGACAUGGGGAGAGGACAAGGUACAAGAUAUAUAUGGCAACAUGGAGACCUACAUCAUCACGAUCAAUGGUGUAGUACAGCCUGAUAUAGAUUAUAAGAUUGAACCUGUGUCAUCAUUGUUUGACACUGAUGUCAAUCAUCAUCAACAACUUAACCAUCGAGCUGUAAGAGUUGGAGAACUAUACCUACGAUGGAGUGGCAGCAGUAUUGGAUAUUACAAGAAUGAAGAGGCAUCGAAAUCAUUUGAAGGUGGAUGGUACAGGACUGGUGAUCUAUUCGAAGAACUAUCACCAGGUGUUGUCAAGAUAGUCGAUCGAAUCAAACAUGCAUUCAAACUUAGCAAUGGAGAGUUUGUAACACCCGAGAAGAUAGAGAACUAUUACAACACAUCUGAUAUUAUACAACAUACUUAUGUUUAUGGAUCAUUUGGAAAGCCAUUCCUGGUGGCCAUCAUUGUACCCAAGGAGAACAUACUCAGGCAAUAUGGAUUGGAUGGUCCAGACAUCAAUGGGGAGUCACUCGAGAAGAAUCCAAAGUUAAAGAGUACAAUACUUCAAGAGGUGGACAGGAUCAACAGGAUGAUGAAUGUGCCAAACUUUGAGAUACCAAAGAUGAUCACAUUGGACAACACGAGAUGGACCUUGAUAAACAUGCUGUUGACUGGACCUGGCAAGAUGGCACGACAGAGGUUACAACCAUAUUAUCAAACACAAAUUGAUAACAUGUACCAUACACUUGAGACACUUCAAUCCACACUGUUACAACAUGGUAGUCUGGAACAUAUUGUUGAGCAGUACAUACAGCGAGUGCUUGGACUUGACUUGGGAUCGGAACAUGUCGAUAUACACAACAUAUCAUUCACAGACAUUGGUGGCGACUCGAUUGGUGCAGCAAAGCUAUCACGUCUACUUCGUGACAAGGAGGGCAUUGAGCUAAGUGCUCAGUUCAUCCUGAACAAGGAGCAUAGUAUUGGUCAUAUACUGGAUAUCAUCAAGAGACAUGAUGGUGGAGAGGUGACAACAAAGAUUGAUUGGACUAAUGAGUUCAAACUUGACCCGUCGAUCAAUCCACAUGACAAGUCCAUCAGGCCGUUCAAGUUACAUGGCAACAACAUAUUCUUGACUGGCGCUACCGGAUACCUUGGAUCACACCUACUUCAUGAGCUACUCACUGGACACAGCAAGGCAAUGGUUGACAAGGUCUAUUGUCUUGUGAGGAAUGUUGGAGGCGAGGACCAAGCAAGAGACAAGUUGGUCCAACUCAUCACAAACAAGUAUCGACUGCACUUGGAUGAACAACAAGCAAACCGAAUCAUACCAGUCAUUGGAGAUCUGGCCAAGAAGAGGUUCGGGUUGAGUGAACAACAGUUCUUGGACCUGGCCAACAAAGUUCAAUUGAUUGUACAUAAUGGUGCGCUGGUCCAUCUGAUCAACCCAUAUCCAAACAUGAAGGAUGCCAAUGUUGGUGGAACUGAGGAGGCUCUCAGACUGGCGUGUGUCAGUGAUCAAGUGAUCAGGGUGGCGCACAUCUCGACCAUUGGCACAUUUGGAGUGUUGACCCAUGAUGUUGACGAGUCCUCAGUACCAGACAUCGGAGGCAUUGACAAGUUAGUUGGAUACUCACAGAGCAAGUUGGUGGCUGAGCAGCUCGUCAAUGCGGCCAGAUCAAGAGGUGUACCCGUCAUGGUAUUCAGACCUGGUGUUAUCUACGCUCACUCAAUCACCGGUAUCGACAAUGACAACGAUAUGAUGAGGGUCAUAAUCAAAGGCAUUAUUCAACUUCGAUGUUAUCCAUCAACUACAUUCGCCUCAACAGGUCAUUAUCUCAAUCUAUCAUGUGUAGACUGGGUUGCAAGUUCAAUCAUCUCAUUAUCCCUCAACAACGACAAUGACAAAGACAAGUCAUUUAAUCAAACAUAUCAUAUGACCAACAAUAAUGAGCAGAUACAUAUAUCACAACUAUGUCAAGCAAUCAACAAGGUUGUGGGACCAUUGGAACAGGUCAGUUUGGAAGAGUUCAAACAUAGAUUGAUGGAGCAACCAAAUUCCACAAUCCAACAACUUGUCAAGACCUUUCAAACAUCGGUUUGCAUUCAGCACCUCUAG